AUGUAUGAUAUUUUCGGCGGGCGGAGCAUUGGGCGCAUCUUCCUCGGCAAGAAAUUCCAGGCCGUGUGGCACACAAGCAUCGUAGUAGAAUGGCCAAAUACCUGCUGUGAAAUCUGGUAUGACAACCGGAUCUAUGUCUCGCCUCCGGAGCAAACUCCAUUUCGUACCCCGGACGAGAAGCGACUGUUGGGGACCACCCCAAUGCCUCACGUUACCAUGAUUGCGUACCUUGAAAGUGUCGACGACGAGUGGACCGGCCACUAUGACCUGGCACGGCGCAACUGUGUGCAUUUCAGCGACUGGGUGGCGCGGAGGCUGCACCUGCCAGCGUUGCCAGAUGACCUCGUAGGGCAAGCUGCAGAAGUACUGCAGACCCCCGUGGCACGCCUCGUCCUUGCUACCCUGCACAUGGUAGAGCAGCUGCGAGGUGACCGAGCGCGGCUGUGA